UGACACCCACAUUUACACCCGUGUGAGCGGAAGUGAGGAUGAGGAGGGCGCAGUCCUCUGCCCUGCGCUCAGUGUGGAUCAGGAGCGCCAGAGACUAGGAUGGGGAACCUGAGCUGUGUCCCGCAGCCGCACCGCCCGCUGAGGUACUCCUUCUCCAGGAAGAACUCCGUGCAGGGCAAAGAGCAGGAUAGCAGAACUAAGUGGACGUAUUUGUUUGGGAAUGAAAGUGGCGCCGGGAGAGUGACCCAUAAGGACAACAUUCUGCACUAUAUCCCAGGGAAGGAUAUUGGCAAUGAUCUGCAGAAGGACCAUGUGGACCAAAGAUUCCUUAGCAUCUUCCGCAAGGGCAAGAAGAAAACUAUUGUUCGAAACAUGGGGCAAAUGAUUCAUUAUUCCAAGGUCAAGUUUCGAUUCCAGAACAGCCAGGAUAUUAGUGACUGCUAUUUGGAAAUGUUCCAGUCCCACCUGUACUUCCAGUCCCGAGGUCCCGCCGGGUUGACGUAUCAGGGAUUGGUACCAUUGAAGGAGCUGAGUGUUUACAAGUUGGAACGCUCUAAGGUUCCACCAAAACCUGAGGAAGAGCAUGCUUUCCGAAUCACAGGUCCCCUGCUUAAUCCUUUAAUAGUUUAUUGCCCAACACCGCAAGAGUUGCAGAAAUGGCUUUACCACUUGGAGAAACAGAUCCAGCUCAAUGGUGGAAAUCUGGAUACUUCACCCGUGACAGAGGUGAACAAUGCAAACGUCUUGGAUAAAUCUGAGCUAAGGAAAUCUGUCCAGAGCCAACAUGUCCAGGACUGGGAGGGAACACAGAGGGAGUCUCUAGGUGCCAUCACUUGCAUUUCCAAGGUGAAACUGCAGACCCUGCCAUUCCAGGAGCUGAAUGACAGAGUGUUGGUCUUGUACCCGUCCACUCUUGUGAUACUUUCUGAGGAAGGAAAAACUCUUAGUUUUAAGGGAGAGCUCCCACUAAAAGCCAUACGGGUGAUCACAGACGACAAUGAAAAGCAGAGGAAGUCAUUCUUAUUAGAGGGAAGGUACAUCAACACCAUCCGGGUGAUCUGCCUCAAUCAGCAGGAUUUUGACGAGUGGAUCGAUCACCUAAAGAACGCUCAAGCUCAAAACCGCGACUCGUCUCUGUCCGCAUCCAGUAGUUUCUGUGGAUCACACUCCGCACAUCAUGAGCAGGUGACUGCCAGCUGUCGAAGCUCCUUUACCUCCGAUGGACGAACCAAAUCCUGGGCAUCGGGGGGGAAGCUGGGAAACUCCAAUCCACACUCCAACAGCACGACGCAGGGGUCUGACCGGCAGUCCUACACCAUACUGAACGAGCAGAACGUGCCGGAGGAUCCGCUGUCACCUGGAUAUUCACAGCCUGUUCAUUGCCUGGCAAAUCCAAACUGGCAUAGUGGAUUAAAUGGACCAAGUGAUCUUAAAAGAGGUGGAAGCGUCCGAGGGUCAAAAGGGAAGAAAAAUUUGUGCCUGCAGAUACAGUCUAUGCCGCACAGUUAUGACAUAGAAAAUACAGGAUUUGGACUUAUCCCUGAGACCCCCAGUGAAGAUGUUCUGUCUCCCCUGUACAAGGAGCCUUACUCCUACCAGAAAUCCCAUACUACUGUGACUCCGCAGGAUAUGUUAAACAGAUGGAACCUCGCGGACAGCCAGCAGACUACCUCUCAGUCCGACAAUCAAGCUUUGUCCUCCCUGUACGCCGAGCCAUACACGCCGACCGGCCAAACAAGUAGCAAUUUCAUGGAAGAGAUUCUAAGAAGUUUGAACACAAACGGCACUGAGAUCCAAGCCCCAAAUGUGAAGUCCAGUGGAUCAUUCCAUGUGAGCAACAAUGCACACCCACCAUUACAGAAGAUAUAUUCCCAUCCGGUGAAGGGGAGCCAUCAGCUUGUGAAACCCAUGUUGCAUCGGAACAGUGAACCAGAUACCUCCUUGCACUCCAGACUUGUACCAGCUGCACAGACUCCAUUUUUUAAAAGUUUAUCCUCAGUAAAGGCAGAGAUGUCCUUCUCUCAACGCAACAAAGAAGUGGAGGAGAUGUUCGACCUACCAUCCUCCAGUAGUCUGCAGACAGAGACAUUGGACCAUGAUUAUGCAGAGCUGCAGAGCUUCCAGAGCGACUUCAGUUAUGAUAAUAUUUGGGACUAUGAAGUCAAAGAGAAAGAUCUCAAUCAGUAUACACCACCUUCUUACCCUGGGCACAAUCUCCCAGGCUUUAAAGGCAAGACUGUACCUAGCCGUUGGCUGUAAAGGAGAUGCUGCUGCAAGACCCCAGAGCUGGAGCUGCAGUCCAGGCGUGGAUUUUUGUGAAGAACAUUUUGCUGCUUGGAUCACAUCCUCUGUGCCAGAACUUCUGCUUAAUGGAGGUGUUACAUUCAUUAGGCAUGGUGCCGAGUGUCCCCGUCCAUGCCUCCGGUGUCCACUGAGCUCAGAAGUGGAUUUUCUAUUAGGUUAGGAAGCUCCUCAGUUCUGUAUUAUCCAUUCUGUACACAUAGAAAUAAUAUUGCAAAGGAGAGAAGGAGGCCAUUGCAGGUGUUACUCAUUUUCACCUAGGACUUGGUUUCUUUACAUUCACUAUGCAAAUGCAUGGCCGUGUCUUUUCCAGGGUACCUCCUAUCUAGUACGAGACUCAUUAUAUGCAUUUGGCGUAUGUUCUAAAGACCGAUGGAUCCCCAGGAUUUGUGCGCCAGGUUCUAAGUGUUGAUAUGGAAACGUGAGCUGCCAAUGGGCAACAGGUUGGCCGGUUUACAUUGUAAAUUGAAGUAUAUUUAUGUAAUAUCUGGUUUAAUAUUUAGGCCACAAGGACCUUUGAUGUUUUUUAGUUUUUAUACUGGUUUCAAGGGUCAUAUUGUUCAACCUAUUUAACGUAAUGCGGUAUUUAUUAAGGAUGGUUGCACUGUUUAGACUGUAUAUAAUUUGUACGAAAAGGAAGUUUUGGGGUGUUUUUUUUUUUAGUUCUUAAAAUGUUGUACCUUUAACUUUUAAAAUAAAAAUCUCACCUCUCCAAGCGA